AUGGCGGCUGGUGGCUGUGACGUCAAUGCGAGCUACGAUAUCAAGCAUCUGCUCAAGAGUGACGCCCUGUACAAGUACAUCCUGGAUACCACGGUGUUCCCCCGAGAGCCGGAGUGCAUGCGCGACCUACGCCUCCUCACCGACAAGCACCAAAGGGGCAUCAUGCAGUCAACUCCGGAAGAGGCCCAGCUGCUGCAGCUGCUGAUCAAGAUAGCGGGGGCCAGGAACACGAUCGAGGUCGGCGUGUUCACGGGCUACUCGCUCCUCGCCACCGCGCUGGCGCUGCCGAAGGACGCCAAGGUGGUGGCCAUAGACGUCAACCGGAAAGACUUCGAGCUCGGCCUGCCCUUCAUCCAGAAGGCCGGCGUGGCGCACAAGGUGGACUUCCGCGAGGGCAAGGCGCUCGACCGCCUCGAGGAGCUCCUCGCCGCCGCGGAAGCCGACGCUGCGGCGCAGUACGACUUCGCGUGCAUCUCCGACUUCCUCAAGGGCUUCAAGGCUGAGCUCGCUGCUGACCAGCGCAUCGAUGUCUGCCAGAUCGCCGUGGGAGACGGCCUCACCAUCUGUCGCCGCCUCGUCUGA